AAUUGUUCAAACGGACUCGACAUUAAAAAAAACGGACACACACACAAAAACGAAGGGCUACAAUUAUUGAAGGGUAGUUGUUGUGGUCAAUACUAUUUGAAAUCAGUCUUGUUCAGAACUUGGUGCUAUUAACUACAAAACGAGAGCAUUUAAUCAUAUUAAUUUCGAACAUUUAUUCACAUAAAUAUUCAUUGUUUGGUGCAUUUAAAAAAUUAUAAAAAUGAAAUCGUGCGGAAUGGGCAUCAUCAAAUAUAUUCUUUUUGCUUUCAAUUUCAUAUUUGCUGUAUCUGGCUUGGGCAUUUUAAUAGCUGGCAUACUGGUUUUGAUUGAUAUUAAUGAUUUCAAGCACUUUUUGGAGGGUAACAUUCAAGCGCCACCUAUCACACUGAUUGUACUGGGAUCGCUAAUAUUUUUCAUAGCUUUUCUCGGCUGCUACGGUGCCAUCAGAGAAUCUCCCACACUUUUGAUUUGGUUCGCGGUUUUGUUGGGCAUUGUUUUUCUUAUUGAGUUGGGCGUUGGCAUUGCCGCUUGCCUUUUCAAAGCCGAUCUUGAGGAAUUCCUACAAAAAUCGUUGAAAAACUCGAUUGAACGAUCGAAUUCAAAUGAUUUGGAUGCAUGGGAUACUGUACAGAAAAAACUUGAAUGCUGUGGCAUUACCGGUUAUGAUGACUGGGUUGAAAUCAGUAAAAACAGAGUUAUACGAUCAAGUUGCUGCCGUAAAGAUCACAUUGACAAUCAGACAAAUGAUUGUAGCAAUCGACCAGCUACUUAUCCCGAUAAAUACUACACGGAUGGAUGUCUUACAAAAUUGAAGCAUCGAAUUGGUAAUAAUGCCUCAACACUUAUUACCGUUGGCAUUGGCGUGGCAUUCAUUCAACUUAUUGGCAUUGUUCUUGCUUGUUAUCUUGCCGCUUCAAUACGCCGAGAAUCGGUCAAUUAAAUGAACGUUAACCAACACUGAUCAAGUAAACAAAAUUAUACAUUUGGAUGUAGUUUUCCUACCACAAAGAGACUUCAUAUAGUAUAAUUGUGGUAGCUAAAUUAAAUUUUAGUUUUAAUCACCUAGUCAACAUAAACUUUGCUCACAACUGCUCAAAAUCUAUACCUCAAUAUUAAAUAGAAUAGAUGUAUGAAUUUUAAAUACAAAAUUCAUUAGACAAACAAUGUGUGAAUUUUUAAAAAGUAAAUAUUUUUAAACCAAAUGUUCAAACUGAGCUAAAUGACAUAUGUAUAUGAAUCCAUGUGCAAUUAUACACACACCUUUAAAAGGUUUUAUUUUAAUAAUAAUAUUGUUGUUUUUUUUUGUGUGUGGAAAAUUUCACAAAAGAAGAAAUGCAUCAAUGAAAAAGGGCGUCACAGUAGAGCAAGAACUCAACAUUCCAAUACUUACGUCGGAAGGAGAAUAUUUUCUAUUUUCGGGCAAUUGUCGAAAAAUGAUGUGCAAUUUAUAAAGGUUGUUAAACGAUGUGUAGCAAAUAUUGUUUAAAUUUUUGAUGCUAAACGUUCUAUUCAAGCAAAAAAAAAAAAUCAAAAAACUCUGGGUUGCAUUCCUAAUUGGAUUCGCAUGACAUUUCGGACAAUAUUUGUUUGAAGUGAUCCAGCUGGUAUUUCCAAACUGUAUACAGUUACUUAAUAUGAUAUUAUUUUGUGAAUUUUGUUUUCAGCGCAUGAAAAUAGACAAAUAUAAGAAGAAAGCAAUAUAACAAAGUAAGAAGAGAAAUCAAUUACAAACGAAGAAAAUCAAUGAAAAUUGAAACACUUUGACACUUUAUAUUUUUAUCAAUAACAAUGUGUAAGGCCAAACUGUGUAAGGCAAAAAAUUAUCAAUAAAUUUAUCUAUCUACCACAA